UCGUCCUCCUGAUGCUGUUGGUGUGGUGCCAAAAGUCACAUCCCUGAGGAAAUGAUAGGAGGCGACGCUGGACUGAGUCUGAGUGGCUGUGUGAACAAACAUCUCUCUCCGUUUUAUGCAGAAAGGCAGGAAGCCGGGGAAGAGGCAAAAUAAGCUAAUGAGGCAGAGGCUGCCGAAUGAAUCACAGGCAGCCCCACGGCGCUUCCAGCCCAGCCGCUCUCAACCCGAAGGCUGCUCCGGCACGGGCCCCGUUCCCUCCUCCUCCUCCAGCCUAGUCCCCCUGAAGCUGCCUCAUCUGGUCUACCCAGAGAUCCUGCUCAGCACGAGGACCGGCAGCCCGCUGUUGCCACAUCGUUCUGAAGAGGCAUGGCUGGGCAAGGCAGAGCGAGCCCGGGUGCAGCCGCAUCUCUGUGCCUGGCCUGGGCUCUCUCCCUGGCCAUCGCCUCUCUCUCCCCGCGGGUGAAUGGCAGGGAAGGCAGAGCAGACUGGACUCAGGAAAAGUAUACCCACCGUCCAACCAUUUUAAAUGCAUCCAGCAUCCGGCAAGUUGCUGUGCACACCGAUAUCAAUCAAAUGUGGCAAAAUGACCUGCAACCGAUACUGAUCGAGCGAUACCCAGGGUCACCUGGAAGUUAUGCUGUACGUCAGCAUAUCAAGCACCGCUUGCAAGGACUGCAGGCUGGCUGGGUUGUUGAAGAAGACACGUUUCAGAGCCACACUCCUUACGGAUACCGCACCUUUUCCAAUAUCAUCAGCACCCUCAAUCCCCUUGCCAAGCGCCAUUUGGUGCUCGCUUGCCAUUAUGAUUCAAAAUACUUUCCACCCCGGUUUGACGGCAAAGUGUUUGUUGGCGCCACUGACUCAGCUGUGCCUUGUGCUAUGAUGCUAGAACUGGCACGUUCCCUAGACAAACAGCUUCAUCAUCUGCAGAUGAUCAGUUCAGGUGGCAGGCCAGAUCUCUCUCUGCAGCUCAUCUUCUUUGACGGCGAAGAAGCCUUCGUUCGAUGGACCCCUUCGGAUUCGCUCUAUGGUUCUCGGCACUUGGCCCAGCUAAUGGCAACAAGCCCGCAUCCACCGGGUGCCACAUAUACAAACCAGAUCCAGGGCAUUGACCUUUUUGUGUUACUGGAUUUAAUUGGUGCCCGGAAUCCAACCUUUCCCAAUUAUUUUCUCAACACAGCUCGAUGGCUUGGAAGACUUGAAGCAAUUGAAAAAAAUCUUCAUGAUUUGGGUUUGCUAAAGAAUCACCCUUUUGAAAGGCAGUAUUUCCGGAGAGACUUACAAGGACAACCAGUUGAGGACGACCAUGUUCCAUUUCUAAGAAGAGGGGUUCCAAUCCUGCACUUGAUACCAUCUCCUUUCCCUCGAGUGUGGCAUACUAUGGAGGACAACGAAGAAAACCUUGACAAGCCCACCACUGAAAACCUGAACAAAAUUCUGCAAGUGUUUGUGCUGGAAUAUCUCAACCUGUGAUAACACACUUCUGGUACCCACCUAGUUGCUACUCUGUUUUAAUACUACCACUGUCCCUCUUUGGAUGCUUUCAAGAAAAGGCUUUUGGAUAUUAAAGGGGGAAAUUCCUGCUUUUAAUUCUUGCCAUAGAUAAAAACUGAAAUAGAAUCAAUCCCUUCAGAUUUAAUAGUAAUAUAAAAAGUUUUUAAUGUAUCUCUUCCAACACACAUACGAGAUAAUUUAAAGAUGUUUUCGGACUGCAACUCCCAUCAUCCUUCAUCAAUGGCUAUACUGGCUAAGGCUGAUGACAGUUGUAGUCCAAGAAAUCUGGAGGGCCACAAGUUGCCCACCCCUGAUCUGCAACGAAUUACACCAUUGUUAACACUGGGAUAAAAAUAAUAAUAAUUACACCAAACUCUGUUCUACCAAAAGGAAAAAAACUUCACCAUUUUUUAUUUAAGUAGAAAUAAAUGGGAAGUAUUAGUUUGGCCUUCCCACCAUCUGAGCUUCAUUAUGAAAUACAGGCCCGUUUUGCACAUAACAACUAUUCCUGGGUUGUUCAACGCAGAAAUUGUUGAGGCCAAGCGUUACCCUAGAGUUAACCCAGCAACAAAUACUGGGCGAUUUGGGGUGGGUGAGUGUGUUAAACAACCCAGAUUUCAGUGUUUAGAUGUCAGUAUGUGCAAACCAGGCCGCCUAAUAUAACUGCAUAUAACAUUUUGGCUAUAGCCAUGUUUCAAAAUACUGAGAGAGUACUAUUUCCUUAACAACCCAGGGGUAAGAAUUUAGACCACAUUUGGUAUGCAAAUUCACCUAAAAGAUAGGUGCUGCAGACAAACUCCCCCUUGUGGCUCAUUUCUUCUAAUAUUCUGUGGUCUAGAUAAAUCUCAUGAACUGCUCCACAGUUUGCAUUUGCAGUAUACAUUUUCAUUGCUUUUGUCAUAGCUUGUACCGUAGUUGGGGGUGUGAGCAAAGAAAACGGAAGUAGGAGUCCUGUGCUUGGAUUACAACUAUGAACAAGGUGGAGAAAUGAUGGGCCCCAGCUUGUCACAUGAUAAUGUCAUUGUUUAAAUGGCCCUGAUGGUGUAACCGACAAUCAUUUAUCUUGUCUGGGGUCAUCUCCACUGUUAUUUCUUUAGGCCUGGGAGCCAUAUCCAUCCUGCCUGCCCGCGGUUCCCCAAAUGGUCAUGCCCCUUUCCCCCUACCGGUCCCCCAACUUUUGUGUAGAACUAUUUUAAAAGGUUGAAAGCUUCUUCCAAAGCUUAGUUACUGGCAGCAAGAGCUUUAAGCUAAAAUAUACUGAUAUGUUUAGGACUUUUGGGCCCACCCAUGUUUGCCUUCAGCCUCAUCCUUCACAGGUUUGUGGCCUCCAAGAGCUUCUUCACAGUGGAAUUCAACCUUUCCAGCUGAAAAGGGUUUUGCACUCCUGCUUUAAGCAAUUAUUCAUCAAUGGACGUCAAGUCUGAAGGUGAAUCAGAAAGAGGUAGUAGCUUAAACUCAAUACCAUUGAACAUAUUGACUCACUCUGAAUUUUGAAUGGACACAUUUUCAAGUUGUGAAGGAUUAUGUAUCCCUUAAAAAUACAUAAUUCACAUCUAUGUAAUAUUAUCUCACUAAUUUCAUCCAACAGUGCAAUUUUAUAAGUCUGAUAUAGAUUUAGCACAGAGGUAGGGAACACCUGGCCCAUGGGCCGCAUGCAGUCCCCCAGGGCUGUUUCUGCAGCUCUCUGCUCCUGGAUUUGCCAGUGGCAGCAAAAUAUGGGGGAUUUUGCAAGGAAACACAGUGCAGGAGUAUGCACCUUGCUUGCAAGCAGAAUCACAUUUCCAGAAGCAAGAAAGAAUACUUUGUUAGCCCUCCAAGAGGUCAUUUUCAUAUGGUACACUUUUUCCACUAAGGAAAAUGUGACUUUAGGCACUGAAGUUUUAGGAAUAGAAUGGAGAACUUUAUUAAUAGAUAAUACUCUUUUAAUAAUCAUCAGGUAAAGAAAAGGAUUCACAUACUAUGCUGUAAUCUCUUAUGAAAGAAGCAAUCAAAAUACGAAUAAGCUCACUGCUUGUAAAGCUACAGCUUUACAGUUAGAGAGCAAUAACCACUUCAAAGAUUAAAAUAAAACCAUGAAGACGCAUUUUCAUGUUUAUUGGAAAUAUUUGAUCCCAGUUACCUAGAAAAUUUGAAUGGUCUUGUAGAAAAGUGAGCAAUAAAAUAGGUUAAAAAAUAUCCAACAAUAAAUAGGGGGAAAUACUUUAUUAGGGUCUGGACUGACCUCGAGUACCAGUUCCAUAUCUGUAGGGGGCAUUUAUUAAGCCAGUCCUGGAUCCCUGGGUUGCUCCCAUUCCCAGUACUCCAACCCCUUGAGUGAAGACAUUGUUGUAAGGUACAGUCCCAUGGUUGAAGCCUAGUCCAUAGGGCCUUGUCUGAGUAUUCAGGAGAAUGACUGGGUUCAUAUUUUUGCCAGGUGUAUUAAAAGAGAAUUCAGGAGGUGGGCUGCUUGGUUUAGCUGGGGUAGAAGUAGCAGGGUUAGAGUUUUCUGCUGCCUUUAGAGGUGGCAUUGGAAUGAUGUGAUGAUCUGAAAGAUUCAGCAUAUUGUUUGCGAUAGGUCCAGUGGCCAAGGUAGGCCUGAUCCAGUCGUCUUUGAAAAUCUGAACAGUCAAAGUAGACACUAAUGUAUACAACCGAUUGGUCACAUGUGCAAGUACCAUUUGUUCAUUGGCAUCUCUUCGAAUCCUCACAUGUACUGAUCCAGCCUAGAAAGCAAAUGAAGAAUAAACUAAAUAAAUUCAUCAGUCCCUUUCAGAUAGACUGGUCGCUAUGUGUGUGUGCGUGAGAGAGAGAGAGAGAGACAGACUUUUAAAAGAACUUACUGCAUUUAUCUAUAUGAGAAACUAUUGGAUUUUAUUGGUUGAACUAUGUUACAAAAAUAUUGAUUGAUACUUUGUUUUUCAAGAAAAAAGUCAUUGGGGGGAAAUACAUACCAGAGAGCCAAACCCCAAUGUCCAGAAGUGUUCAUUUCGAACUUCUAAAACACCAUCCAAAGUAGAAACCUAGAUCAAGACAAACCAUGAUCCAUAUAUCAGUUUUAAAAGAUGAAAUAUUUCAAAUAGCUUAAUAAUAGAAUCCUAAGUCAGUUAUUAAAAAAAAAACAAGAUUGGACUUAAGCCUCCUUGAAAUCAAUGGGCCUUCCAAAGUAAACAUGCAGAAGAUCAGGACUGAAUUGCAUCCAAUCAACUGCAGACUUAAAUUCUGUAAGGUUUAACUAAAUGUUAUAUCAUACAUUUUUAAGUUUGGGAAAUAUUCCAGCUGCCCUUUUAUUUUGUUGCUCCACUGAAACAUAAAUUUGUACAACAAAAUUUCAGCAGGAUCAGUGUGAAAAACAUAAAUAGAAGAUAUAUUAUAUUAUAUGUAUAUAAUAUAUACAUGUAAAAGGCAAAAGGUUUUCAUUAUCCCCUUUAGCACUUGUGCUAUUUUUAUUUAAGUGUGGGAUCCAAAGUGCACAUAGGUUUAAUUCCACCCACGCGUCUUGGCUCCCUGCUGCCAGUGGCAGUCCCAAGUGUUCACACCAAAUCCUCUGCCAACACCAGGGGGCACUCUGGAGCAGCAUGCCAUGGCAUGAGAGGAGCUUCUGCCCUAAGGAAAUACUACCUCCUCCCCUGUGCAUUCACUAGGGUGGGGUUAGUUCUGGCCAUUGCGUACAAAUGUAACAUUUUAUACUAAUUUACCUCUCUUAUAAGUUUAUCUAGCUGUCCGAUCACAUGGGGUGGUGUUGUCUGGAAAAAUAAAAUACCAGUACAGUUAUUUUAAAAAACAGUUUUGUCCGUCACAGCUUUUUAAAUGUUUUAUGAUUCAACAACAACUAAAAAUACAAUUGCGUUACUCUGUGGUUAAAGUACUGUUGAAAUAUGAGCGUUCAAGGUAUCAGGGAAUCAGUUGGCUAACUGUUUAACUUUCGGUCAGUGGGAGUGAAAAGAGACAUAUUAGCCAAGCAAGUUUCUCCAAAAGAAGCAAUGAGUGGGUGGCAGUUGAUGAACAGCAUACUUGUUGAUUUGUUGAAUAAAAAUGUACCAAAGUGCAUAGAA